AAUAGAACCGCCGAGAUGGAGCGAAGCCGAAAGGCGACGAGCUCAAAGAAGUUUACAAUGGCGGAGGAUGGGACCAUCGCGGUGAGCUUACCUUCAUCCCCUUACAGCAAGAACGCCUCUCCCUUCUCCUCUUCCUUCCGCUUCCUAGGCUUCGCCGACCAUCCGAACUCCUCUCCAAUCCCCGGGAACCACUAUGAGCUCGACGAAGGCGACGUCGUCUGGUCGCCGGACAUCUACUCUGAUCUCUCAUCUGUAAUUGAGCAGCCGACCCCGACCAUCCCCUCCUCCCCCAUCAGCGAUUCUUCACCCGUCUCCCCCUGCGAUCACCGAAGCCUCCCUUUCCUAUCGGAGAAAUUAGGGCUCGCCGUUGCCCUAACGGAGGAUCGCAGGCCGCUGAUGCAUCAUCGCCGGUCGGUGGCCAACGUGCCUAUGAGAAAACGGCUACCGGCGGAGGUCAGUGAGGUCUUCCAUCAAUCGGCGCCGGUGAACGUACCGGUUUGGCCGAAAGGACGGCGAAUGCCUUCCGGAAUGUUGAUGGAAGUUGUUGACGGCGAGGUAGAGGACGAUCCCGAGGACGAGAUGCUGCCGCCGCACGUGAUCGUUGCGAGAUCGCACGUGACGACUUUCUCUGUUUUCGAGGGAGUGGGGAGAACCCUGAAGGGUAGGGAUCUCUGUCGGGUGCGGAACGCCGUGUUUCAGAAAACGGGCUUCCUCGAUUAGUUGCUAUGAGUACUACUUGCUGUGAUUGUGGGAAUGGAAUUCUUCUUGCUUGAGAUGCAUUGCUGAGCUCAUCGCUUAUUUUAGCGAGCUUUGUUGACUCCACCGUCCAGAAAUUAUUCUGUGCGGAUGGGGGACGCAGCGCUACAUCCGAAUGUCGUGGUACCGAGAGCGACGGUAUAUCGAGCUGAGGUACCGAACAGUAUUAAGCUACAGUACAGUAAAAAAGUGACGUGACGCAUUCUGAUUGGCCUCUAUACGACGUAGAUAUGAAUUGAGUCAUUAUUAGAGAUAUAAAUUGAGCUCA